CCGCGCGAUCCGCCCGCACCAUGUCGGUGCGUAUAGAUCACCGAGAUCGAGACCGAUUCUCGAGACAUUCUUCCCGCGCUUCCGUCGACUUGGCUUUCCCGAGCAGUUCCACACGAGAACAUUCAUUUCGCUCGGUGCACUCAGCCCGCGUACCGCGAGUUUCUAGCGAUGAUUUGAUGGUACCAGUGCGCACACUGCGAUCGGCCUCAUGUCGCGUAGCACCCGGUGCACCCCAUCGCCUGCGCCGACAUCACUCUUCCGCAGCAGAAUGCGAGCGCGCGCGCCGCUCUCGUCGCCAUACACUCGAAUUACCCAACAGCCGGGGACCGAGUGUUCGCAGUCGCUCUCCUGAGCCAGCUCCACCGCUGCCCGAGCCCGAAAUCCCGCCAGAAGAUGCUGGGAAGGAAGCGAGAAGACGACGUGUCGUAGCUGCCGUCGCCGCUUCCUUCUUCGCGCUGGCGUUAGCGUCGGUCCUCGUGGUGGUGGUGACACUCACCCACAGCUCUGUGCUGCGUGCACACAACCAAACGGCCAAGUACUACACGUUCUCCGUGCCGCCGCACCAUCCUCUCAUGUCAUCAACGUCUACUUGCGCGGAGUUUGGCACGCUCAACGAGGCGGGUCUACUUGCUGGUCAUGCGUAUGCGCAAUGGUUGGCCUCACAUCAACCCUCCACAUUCUAUGAUGACAAAAGUAAUAGAAGACCACGACGUGUGGGUCCAGAACGAAAACCUCGACAAGCUUACAGUGCAAAGCAACUUGAAAGGCUAGAGGCUGAAUUUAAACUGGAUAAAUAUCUUAGUGUCUCAAAACGGAUGGAAUUAUCUAAAGCGCUGGGAUUAACAGAAGUUCAGAUUAAGACAUGGUUUCAAAAUCGAAGAACGAAAUGGAAGAAACAGCUCACGUCGCGUUUGAAGAUAGCACAACGGCAAGGAUUAUUCCCUGGACAAAUCUUCGGACACGCCCCGCAAGCCUAUUCUCUUUUAAAUCCGUAUACUUACGCACCACUUAGUUGCGUUUUUACACCCGUGACUUUACCAUCGACACCACCUUGAGUUUAAAUCUUUUUAUAAGUUCCAUAUCCAAAAUCUACAAUUAUCAUUUGUUUUAAAUUACAAAAUAAAAUUGUAACUAUUCCAUAUUCAAAUCUAUUAGAAAGUUCGGUCAUAAAAAUCCUUCUAAUAGGUAGGUAUCUAAUGUUACGUACAAAUGAAUUUAGUGAUCUAAUAUUUAAAGUAAAGUUAUAAAGGUAGAGUUAGAGA